AUGGUGUUUGCAACAAUGCUUGUGCUAGUUAUAGCACAAGUUGAUGACUCAUGUUCGAAAACACCAGCAUCUGCCCCUUCAACCCUUUCCCUACCACAAGAUACCACUGAUUGUGAUAGAUUGUGUGAUUUAAGGUGUUCCUUUAAGAGAGGUGUCCCGCAGCUUUACAUGCUUUGUAUGCAACUUUGUAUGCCAUCUUGCGGGGGUGGUCAAGUACUAGAACAAGCUGAUGAUUCUUCUUCGACAACACUAGCACCUGCUCCUUCAACCAUUUCCCUACCACAAGAUACCAGUGACUGUGAUAGAUUGUGUGACUUAAGGUGUUUCCUUAAGAGAGGUAUCCCGCAGCUUUACAUGCUUUGUAUGCAACUUUGUAAGUCAUCUUGCGGGGGCGGUCAAGAUGAUCCUCCUUCGAAAACACCAGCACCUGCUCCUCCAGCCGUUUCCCUACCACCAAAUACAACUGACUGUGAUAGAUUGUGCGAUUUAAGGUGUUCCCUUAAGAGAGGUAUCCCGCAGCUUUACAUGCUUUGUAUGCAGCUUUGUAAGCCAUCUUGCGAGGGCGGUCAAGUAUUAGAACAAGCUGAUGAUUCUUCUUUGACAACACCAGUACCUGCUCCUUCAACCAUUUUCCUACCACAAGAUACCAAUGAUUGUGAUAGAUUGUGCGAUUUAAGAUGUUCCCUUAAGAGAGGUAUCCCGCAGCUUUACAUGCUUUGUAUGCAACUUUGUAAGCUAUCUUGCGGGAGUGGUCAAGUACUAGAACAUGCUGAUGAUUCUUCUUCUACCCUUUCCCUACCACAAGAUGAACAUGCUGGUGAUUGUAAUAAAUUUUGUGUUGAUAAGUGUUACCUUGAGAAACAUGUCCCAAAGCAUUACAACAUGUGUUUAGACCUUUGCAAGAAAUAUUUCCUGCAACCUCUCUCGUAUGACAUCUAUCAUUGUACCUCUGCUUGUGCUGCCUCAAUGUCCACCAAGUUAGGCUCAGGUGCAGAAAAAGAUAAAGGAGAUUAUGUGGAAAUUUGCUAUAAUAACUGCAAGAAGAAUGUUUAG